AUGAGCGUGUCCGUCAGAGAUCUGCACGUCUGCAUGCAUGAUCUGGACAACAGUGAAUAUGACUGCUGGCCGCUGGACAGACCAGAUGAGCUCAACAUGAUCGACUGCGGAGGUCUGGAGAUGGCGUGGGUCCUCCGUCCUCCAGAGAAGAUUCUGAGCGGUGAAGAGUUUAACGUCAUUUAUUCUGUGACCGUCAGAGACGAAUUCUACCAGUGGGCCAUCGACAACGACAUCUUCAUACACCGGUCCUUGACAGAUGCAGCUGAGGCCAGGCAUUUCUGUGAGCAUCAGGAGUGUCCGUCUAACUGGAAGGAUGCGAGUGGAGAAAACUGCUGCAUUCACCAUGCCAACAUACACUCCUGCCCAAUGGGAUACAUGGCCAAAGAGAGAAUCUGCGGCCCCUGGAUCCCCGAUGAUGGCCGUAUAUUCACUCACACCAUCUCCACAUCUGGAAAAAUGAGCCAGACCAACUGGAGCGCCAAGGUGAUGUUGUUUCACGAGGGUCUGACGUCUCUUAUCGCUCACAUCCGUGUGGGAAACAUGCAGGUGGCGCUGGAGGCCAAGAGCACCGUCCUGCCCGCUAUCAUGUGUGGUGAUGGUGUGUGUGAGCAGGAGGAGAGCUGCUCCACGUGUCCGGCUGACUGUGGUGAUUGUCCGCUCAGCUCUGCUGUCCAAGCUGCCAUCGCCCUGACCAUCACCAUCCUCAUCCUCAGCUUCAUCGUCAGCGCUAUGUGGUUGAAAUAUCAGAAAAAGAAGCUCUUAUGGGAUGAAAGCUGGAUCAUCGACUUCAAUCACAUUAAACAAGAUUACAUUGCGCGAGCAACGAUGGGCAGCAUCAUGAGUGUCCCCGCGAUCAACAGCGACUCGAACGCCAGCUGUGUAACGGCACUGAGCUCAUACACUGGCGUCACUGCAUCACGCAAACAACUCUACACACACACUGGCAUAUAUGAUGGACGAACUGUCGCCAUCAAGAAGAUCAACACGAAAACAUUUUCCCUCUCAAAGACGAUUCGCCAAGAGGUCAAACAAGUCAGGGAACUGGAUCAUCCAAACCUAUGCAAGUUCUUUGGAGGGUGUGUGGAGGUUCCCAAUGUGGCUAUCGUGACAGAGUACUGUCCAAAAGGAAGCCUAAACGAUGUCCUGCUGAAUGACGAGAUUCCCCUGAACUGGGGCUUCAGAUUCUCCUUCGCUACAGAUAUCGCCCGCGGCAUGUCGUACCUUCAUGAGUUUAAGAUCUGCCAUGGACGACUGAAAUCCUCCAACUGCGUGAUUGAUGACCGCUGGGUGUGUAAGAUCACAGAUUUCUGUCUGUGGUGUUUCCGGCGUGAGGACUGUGCGGAGCCGCUCUCCACCUACCAACAGAGACUGAGGGAGGUUUACACUCCACCUGAAGCACAGAGCGGCAGCCUGGAGCCUACUCUAGCUGGAGACGUGUUCAGUUACUCAAUAAUCCUGCUGGAGAUUGCGACGCGGAACGAUCCAGUGCCGGUGGAGGACAGUUCUCUGGAGUGUGCCUGGUGCCCGCCACUGCCGGAGCUGAUCUCUGGGAAAGCUGACAGCACCUGCCCCUGCCCUACUGAAUAUGCUGAGCUGAUUCGCCGAUGCCGUGCCCAUAACCCCGCCCACCGGCCCACGUUUGAGCAGAUCCGCAAGUUUGUCCACAAGAUCAACCCACACAAAGUCAGCCCGGUGGACAUGAUGAUGGAGCUGAUGGAGAAGUACAGUAAACAUCUGGAGGUUCUGGUCGGGGAACGAACACAAGAUCUGAUGCUGGAGAAACAGAAGACCGACAGAUUGCUUUACAGUAUGUUGCCUAAACAGGUGGCUGAUGAUCUGCGACUGGGUAAACCAAUGCAAGCCCAGAGUUACGUGAGUGCCACUGUCUUCUUCAGUGAUAUCGUGGGCUUCACGCAGUUGUCCAGCACCAGCACUCCUUACCAGGUUGUGGACUUUCUUAACAAACUCUACACGACCUUUGACGAGAUCAUCGACAACCAUGAUGUGUAUAAGGUGGAAACAAUCGGCGAUGCAUAUAUGGUGGUUUCGGGGGUCCCGCAAGAAAACGGGAUCCUGCACGCAUCUGAAAUUGCCAGCAUGGCUCUGGAUCUGGUGUCUGUCUGCAAAACUUUUAGGAUCCCACACAGACCUCAAACACAGCUGCAGAUCCGUGCGGGAAUACACUCCGGUCCUGUAGUUGCAGGAGUCGUAGGAACAAAGAUGCCAAGAUAUUGUCUGUUUGGAGACACUGUGAACACAGCAUCCCGCAUGGAGUCCACCAGUGAAGCGCUGAAGAUCCAGUGCAGCUCUAGUGCGUUUUUCCUGCUGGAGGAGAUCGGCGGAUACCUGCUCACCUGCAGAGGAGUUUUACAGGUCAAGGGUAAAGGUGACAUGGUGACGUACUGGCUGGAAGGAGAGUGCUCUAAAGACAUGAAAAAACCCGCAACACAGCAGGAAUCGGAGAAACCCGAGGCAGAGAAAGAGGAUUAUUCCAGUAUCCCAGGAGUCCUCAGCGCUUCUGAAAACACUGACACAAACUAA